UGCCGCCGCCUCCACGGCCGUGCUCGGGACCUCCGUCGCGCCGGUGGGCGUCGCGGGCGCCGGUGGACGCGGCCGCCGACCAUUUCGGUUCCUGGGGUACAGCGCGCUCGCCGCCUUCGCGGCCGCGGGGAUCAUCUUCGCUAACGCUCCUGACGAGCUGCCCGAUCUGGACGACGAAGAGGCGGCUGAUGACUUGGAUGCGAUUCUGAAGCAGUACCGGAAAGACAGGGAUGCUGAAAAGUGGAUUAUGGGUAUGUUUGGACGUGGUGCGUCCAGUGCUCAAAUUCGCGCUCUGACUAGGAUGCUUAGGCGUGUUGAUCGGCGUACGAAGGAAUACGUCGUUGCGAAGAAGCGGAAGCACAAGGAUGAACAUGAAGAGCUUUGGGAGUUGCUGCAAGAACUGGAAAAGAAGGCCACCCUUUUAAAAUCUGCUUACAAGCUUCUGAAUGAUUUCCGCAUCUUUGCUCUCUCUGCUGCGACGUGGUUAGUAUUUCUAGUUGAUAAGUAUGCUGAUGGAACCACGUACUUUGUCUGCCCGUAUUCAGGCUACAGUGAUGUUGUCUCCAUAUUCCUGUUCACUGUGAAAUCGAAGGCAGAAACUCAACAGGGCAAUGGCACUGGUACCAGCACAGCACCUCCCAGGAUGACCAACGUGUCUUCCUUUGCUUGGCUCGGAGAACCAUACAUGGACGUCAAUACUAACUUGGAGGAAGCUUAUGUUAAGAGCAAGUGGGAUAACAGCAGCUCAUGGGGCAAGAAGCAUACCUUCAUGGAGGCAACUUUGGUGAAGGAACUGGAGGAAGCUGAUUUGAAGAGCAAGUUGGAGACCAGCAGCUCAUGGGGCAAGAGGAGUUCGUGGGGCAAGAAGCUGAUCCUGGUGAAGAGGAGUUCGUGGGGCAAGAAUCUGUUCAUCCAGAAGAGAACGCCAUCACUCACUGAGUAUCGAGAGAGGAGCUAGCAGGCAAGAGCUCGCGAAGCUGCAGAAUGAGAGGCUUCUGCCGCCCCGCUUGUAACACUUGAAUAGAUGUACCAAUUCCUGAGAUUUGUGUCUUUCUAGAAGACAUCAUCACACAAAUUGCCCAAAAAUGGCAUCACAAGGAAUGGAUGCACCUGCAUAUGACUUUGAUCUGGAUGUUGGUGGUUGGAUCCGUAGAAAGAACAAAAAGAUCUCACACUUUGAAAAUAAUUUGAAUGAUCCUUUCCUGUU